AAGAAUUCGGCUACUGGUGCCAGAGGAGCUGGAGUCACUCUGGUCCCGUGAGCAGUGAGGGUGUGCCCAGCUCUGCAGGAGAGAGGAGGCCAUUCUCAAGGCCAAGGCCAUUUGCAGAGGAGGGAGAACUGGACACCAGUCAGAUCUGGGGCUAGGCAAGAUCCUUGCUCCUCUUUCCCAGGGGAGGGUCAAAGGAACAUCCACUCUGCCUGAUCCCCUCCAGGCUCUCAACCCCAACUCCUACCACAGCUCCAGCUCCCCGAGGUACACCAUGGAUUCAGCAGCCAAGGACAAAGUACAGCCCACACUUCUUCCUGGCUCUUCCUGCCCAGGGCCCGAGUGGGCAGAGCAGGAGAGGGCAGAACAGUUGGCUCGGGGUGCAGCACUCAAGUGGGCCUCAGGCAUCUUCUACCGGCCAGAGCAGCUGGCCAGGCUGGCCCAGUACCGCAGCCGCGAAGUGCAGCGGAAUUAUUCCCUUGAGGCACGGAUCAAGUCCGUUGUGCAGUCAUACCUGGAAGGUGUGCAGACUGGCGUGUGGCAGCUGGCCAGAGCCCUCGAGGCUGUGCAGGGAACACGCGGAGCCCUGAGCCAGGCCCAUCACUUACUCCGGGGUUUGUCUCAGACCUCACAAACGCUGGAGCCCCUGAGAGAACGUGUUGCCCAGCACAAGCAGCUCCAGGUCCUGACCCGGCUGCUGCCAAGACUACAAGCAGUGCCAGCUGCAGUGGCCCACACACAGACCCUGAUAGGCGCCCAGCGAUUCUUGGAGGCAUAUGUGAGCCUGCGGGAGCUAGAGCAACUGCAAGAGGAGACGUGGACACCCUUAGGAGGGCAGGAGUUGCCAAUCUUCCAGGGGCUGGGCCUUCUGGCUGAGGCACUGGGCCAAGCUGUGGAGGCCGCUGCAGGGGCUGCAGGGCGGCUGGCACGUGAGGAUCCAGCCCUGCUGGUAGCUGCUGUCCGAGUGGCAGAGGUGGAGACUGAGCGCACAACCCUGGGGCAGGCGCCCCGGGACUGGCGGCAGCGAUGUCUUCGGGCACUACAGGAGGGCCUGGAGCGGGCCCACUUCGCAUCGCCUGUGCUGCCUGAGCCAGGAGCCCUGGCACGGUGGCUUGAGGCUCUGCAGGUAGCCUUGCCUGCUGAGUUGGCAAAAGCUGAGGCACUAGUGGCACCCUGCUGCCCACCAAACUACCAUGUGGUUCGGCUGUGGGCCCACACCCUGCACAGUGGCCUUCGCCGCAGGGUGCAGCAACUCCUUUCAGGGCCUGAGCUGGGAGCUGCGGACACCUUUGCCUUGCUGCACUGGACACUGCAUGUAUACAUGGGGAAGGAAAUGAUGGGGAACUUGGAACUGGGGCCUGAGGCCGAUGUGUCCCAACUAGAACCCCUCCUGACUUCUGAGAACAUUGAGCAGCUGGAGGCAGCAUUUGUGGCCCAAGUCCAGCUAAGUGUGGCUCAGUGGCUGAAGAAAGCACUAGAUGGGGAGGUAGCUGAGUGGAGUAGGGAGCAGGAGCCCAACACAGACCCGUCUGGUUUCUACCACUCACCGAUGCCAGCCAUUGUACUGCAGAUCCUGGCUGAAAACAUUCGAGUGGCCAGCCUGAUCGGUGACUCGCUGCACGGGCGGGUGCACGACAUGGCACUGUCAGAACUGGGUGCAUUCUUGAGGAGGUUUGCCAAGUGGGGCCUGUUCACCGUCUCCAGUCCUGUUCCCAGACGGCCAAAGGGCUCUGAGUGCCUAGGGCACACCUGUGGGGAGGGGUUCCUUGUUUUGGGACAAGAGUUCUGGGGGUGCAGUUGUGGGGGGUGCCAGAGUGACAGCAAACCCAGGAGUGCCCCUCCCUCUACCCGCUGCAGCUUCAGUGAUGCUCUGAUCCGAUUCUCUCGAGACCAUCUCAGGGGAGAAGCAAUGGCCCCUCACUAUGUACCCUACCUACUGGCUGCCUUCAACCACCAGUCAGCCCUGAGAUCUUCGGUAUCCGUCCUGCUGCCCGAUGGGGAAGCUUCAGGGUUUUUAACUCCAGUAGAAGCCGCGCUGGACGACGUACAGAGGAGGGUCUGCCGCCUGGUAUUGGAAGCACUGCAGGUUGAGCUCCAGCCCCUGUUCGCCGCUCUGCCCUCGCGCCGGUGGCUAUUGAGUUCUGAGUUACUGGACAGCGUGUGUGAGCAGACGUCUCAUUUCUGCCAGGACUUCUGGCGCGUGCGGAAGCCUGCUGUUCAGCUGCUGCUGGCGGAGGCAGAACGAACCGUGGUGUUGCAGUACCUACGCUCGCUGAUGCAGGGCCGCUUGGUGUGCCGUGGUGUGGAAGAGCGGACCCAGGCGGCUGAGCGCCUUAGGCAGGAUGCUGCACAGCUGAAGGAGCUUUUCCUUGGUUUGGGCUUAGAAGAGAGCGCUCACUGCGCGCCGGUGCUGCUUGCGCUGAGGGAACUGCUCAACCUUCACGACCCCACGCUGCUUGGUCUCGAGGUGGCAGGCCUGAGGCAACAAUUUCCCGACGUGAGGUGCGAGGGGAAGGGGACGGGGGAGGAGGAGCCUGAGAGGGCAAGGGCGGGGCUGAUGCACCUGGUGGAAUUCUUGCAGCGAGGAUCACGUUUCUGCCCUCUUGGACCUGCGCGGGGACGUGUCCCGAGAGCAUCGCCAGGCAGCACUCAGCUCGCUGCAGGCCGGCCCACCUCCCUCACCUUCCACUGGCCGCCGGGCGCUCUUCAGCCUGGUACCAACUCCUACGCCCUCUCUGUCCUCCUGCCUCCCCUCGGGCCCCUGCUCCUGACACCUAUUUGUCUGCGUAAUAAAGCCACAUCUACCGCACGUCUAUGCGUUGGGGCUCGGGGGUGUUGAAAGCAGCUGUGAAACUAGGGGUCCAUAUAUAGUGGCAUACCUAAUCCUGGCUGCAGCCCUAAUAUUCUGGUAGCAUCUCGCCUCUGCAGACAGCUGUUCUUUCUGUGGACUGCGUCCCCCGAG